GGCAACGCCACCUCCCAAACACGCGCAAUCCAACGAGAGCAACGCGAGCGAACUCGAAAGCCAGAGAGCGAGAGGAGACGCAGGAAGCGAGGAGGAGGAGGAAGGGGAGCGAAGGCGCCAUGGCCGACGACAACAGCGUCGCGAAGAUCAUCGGCCUCACCGGCCUCGCGCUCUCGAGCGGCGCCUCCGCUGCCUUGGCUACCGGCGCGUGCAGCUGGUGCGCGCUCCAGGCCUACCGCGAGGGCCGGCUCUCGCGAGGGUGGUGGUGGCUGCGCGUCGGCUCGCUCGGCGGCGUCUCGACCCUGGAGCAGGCGCUGGACUACGACUGCGCCCUGUGCCGCCGCGGCCUGGACCAGCGGGAGGAGGUCCGCACGCUCUCCUGCGACCACGUCUUCCACCUCCGCAAGAGCGCCAAGUGCGAGAACACCAUCGACGCCUGGCUCCGCGAGAACCAAAUGCGCUGCCCGGUCUGCUGCAAGAUCGCCUACCCCGUGCUGCCAUGGAAGCCGCCGCCGGCAUCCGCGCCACCGGCGCCCGCGCGGUCGCCGUCGACGACGGAUUUGGAGGCUCAGCUACCGCUGCCGUCGGCCUUUGUGGCGCGACCGCGGAGGCAACCGCCGCGGCUGCCGUCGGAGUGGUUCGAGGAUACACUACAGCCGCCAUCGCCAUCGCCAUCACCAUCGCCAUCGCCAUCGCCAUCGCCAUCGCCAUCGCCAUCGCCAUCGCCAUCGCCAUCGCCAUCGCCAUCGCAGUAGACAUGCACGAUCGAGCUUGGAUGAAACGGUGCGUCUUGUGGGGCAGUCUGGAUCAGUUCUUCGGGAGUUUUUUCAAGGAUUCUUUCAUCGUUUCUUUUUCUGCGUUGUUGGAACUGAUGGACGGUAGUGAGUCUUGUCUGAUGGUCUGGAUUAGUUCUUGAAAGAUUCCUUCGUUGUUUCGCUAUUUUGCUUUCCUGGAACACAUCGAGGUUAGAUGCAUUCCUGUUCUUUUGUUCACCUCUGAUGUACUAAACAUCUGAAGAAUUUGGUCAAAAACGGAUCGAGCUUACCUGCGUUUAUGCUCUUUGUUCAGAGCUGCGUUCACCUGUGAUGUACUAAUCAUCUGAAUGUGGUCAAGAA